AUGUCUGGACGUGGAAAACAGGGCGGCAAGGCGCGCUCCAAGCCGAAGUCCCGUUCAUCCAGAGCUGGCCUGCAGUUCCCCGUGGGCCGCGUUCACCGUCUGCUCCGCAAGGGCAACUACGCGGAGCACAUUGGGGCCGGCGCGCCCGUGUACCUGGCGGCGGUGCUGGAGUACCUGACGGCCGAGGUCCUGGAGUUGGCGGGCAACGCGGCCCGCGACAACAAGAAGACGCGCAUCAUCCCGCGCCACCUGCAGCUGGCCAUCCGCAACGAUGAGGAGCUCAACAAGCUGCUGAGCAAGGUCACCAUCGCGCAGGGCGGCGUCCUGCCCAACAUCCAGGCUGUGCUGCUGCCCAAGAAGACUGAGAGCCACCAUCACAAAGUCCAGAGCAAGUAA